CUCCCAGCUGGACGCAUUUAAGUUCGAGUUUGUGCCCCGCUAAGUUCAUUCGAUACAAUAUGUCGCGUCUGGUUUGCCUGAGUCUGAUGCUGAUGCUGGUCGUGUGCCUGGUGGCAGUGGCCGAGUCGAAGCCACAGGAGGCCAACAGGGAGGAGCAAAUGGCGGAGGCGGCCAACGAGUGCAAGGCAGAGACGGGCGCCACGGAUGAGGAUGUGGAGCUGAUGAUGAAGCACGAACCGUCUGGCAAUCAGGAGGGCAAGUGCCUGCGCGCCUGCAUGAUGAAGAAGUUUAAGAUCAUGGAGGAGGACGGCAAGCUGAACAUUGAGCACACUUUGGGCAUGCUGAAGGUGAUGAGCGAGCACGCUGAGGAUAAGGAGGAUGUCCUUACCGAAGUUGUGGAAACGUGUGCGGCCAGCGAUGUGACCGAGGAUCACUGCGAAUCUGCCCAAGCCUAUCAGACGUGCAUCUUUGAGCACAUGCAAAAGCAUGGCAUUCCCCUGAUUGAGGAGCACUGAAGGUGAGAGAUGACGACCAACACACCCAUCGGCACACCCACUGGCCAAUCGGAAGGACCUGUUAGCGCCCACUCUGGAAUAUACUACAUAUGAAUCUCUAUCUACCUAAAUCUCUAUAUAUAUAUAUAUUGUGUUUUUUUUUGUCGCUUACACUUUAUGAAUAGUCCCUAGAUAACUGAUAAAUUGAGCAUUUGAAAAUAAAAAGGUAAUUAAAUUGGUU